ACGCAAGGAAAAGUAACUUUCAACAACACGUUGUAUAAGGUACCACUGCCUAAACAUGGCGAACGUUGCGGAUAACGCAGAAGGCGGGGAUUCAACAAAGAGGAGUCUGAUAGUGGACGAAGCAGCAUUUGAAGAACAGUUCCUCCGAUGUCACAUAUGUAAUGAACGGUUUGACCAAGCGGAGCGCCACCCCAAGUCUUUGCCAUGCAAUCAUACUUUCUGUCUACCCUGUCUCAAACAGGUAUUCGAUCACAACCAACAGAACCAACGAAGGUCGGUGGCAUGGCUCGACGAAAACUUCGAAGGAGUACUCAAAUGUCCGGAAUGUAGAGUAGAAAUAUUCCUGAGUCGGAGCGAAGUCGACGCUCUACCCAGAGACCAUCGCGUCAUACAGAUGAUGGACUUUCUAUCGACAGUGCAGGCAAAAUCGCAGAAUGUCUGUUCAAAACAUGAGAACCAACCAUUAAACUUUUUCUGUAAGGAUUGUCUGAUUCCUGUGUGUCGGGAUUGUACAGUCCUGGAUCACAAAGAACAGCAAGGACAUAACAUCGUGGAUGUAUCAGAAGCCUUAAAUGAGAGUUCAACGGACUUUGAUGUAAUCGAAAAGAAAAGUAAAGAUUUGCUAAGCAAAAUGAAAGGUAGGACAGAUUCUCUGGCUAAUGCCUCAAAACAACUGGACUUACAAGAACGUCAGUUGAAGAGCUCCAUCAAGGAUACGUUUAUAGAGUACAGAUUACUGCUGGAAAGGCGUCAGGAGGCACUGAUCCGAAUUCUCCGUGAAUCGGUUCAGGAACAGAAACAGAAAAUCAAUACACGAUUUGUGGAUAUUUGUACACAAGGGUCAGACCUCCAAAAACUUUACGAUACUUUUAAAACGGCACGGGGAUGCAACGAUAUACGGCAGCUGUUCACCGUUCAACAGCAGAUGAAAGAGAAGGAGACAGAGUUCACAUGCACAGCCGAGGCGAACGACGACGAAAUUUUCAUUGGUUGCAAAUUUAAUAACCCCAGUGAAUUAGGGUUUCUGUCAGAAAUGAGUGGAUUGGGCGAGGUUGUGACAGAACAAAACUUUGACCUUAAGAAUCCAGUUCCCGCUCAUCAGCUGGUAUUACUGGACAGCUGGGAGCGUCCCACAUACUACUCGGGUGAGGAUGACGCAACCGAGGUCGUAGAAAAUGAGGAAGAAGAAGAGACGCCAACAUCUAGAGAAGCCCCAUCCAGAGAUUCCUCUUCGAGGGCACCCUCGUCUAGAGCCAACACAUCCAGGGUCAACGCAAGGGGAGGUAGACUUCGCUCGCGAGCACCUGAUGUCUCGUCCCCGUCUGUCCUCGCGAGGCUGACGCGUCGUAAUCUGCAGUCGUCACUGCUGGACCCUACCGGUGGCGUCGACGUACAGGAGUACGUCCAACCUCUGGACAAUGAUGAAGAGAGACAUGCACGUGAAGCCCUCGCGUCAACCUACCUCAUGAGGAUCGCUAACCGUCUGAACGAGAGCGCCGAGGAAAUGGCUGAAGCUUUAAGGCAGGGAGAGGAAUCCUCUACGACUUCCCAAGAGGAUGGUGAUAGUAGUCCGACGUCACGCCAUACUUCCGGUAACUCUCGAGGAGGAUCAUCCUCUCGGUCGUCAAGGUCGCCACAAGAUGGUGUCAGAGUUGUUAGACACCCCACACCCCCAACCACGCAUGCGUCAUCCAGAGACCACGGCUCGCAUAGCUACUCUUCUAACAGAUACAGUAACAGCUAA